CUUGGAUUUGUUGUCAUAAUAAUAUUAUGCUAUCAAACAAUCAAAUCAUUUGAUAAUUGCUUUUAGUUUUAAUUAUAAGAUUUAUGUGUAAAUGACUUGCAAUUGAGAGCACCAUUGCGUCCAACAUUAUUGUAGUCCACAUUUGAUAGCAUUGUUUGUAUUAAUUAGUGACCAUUUGUUCAUACAAGGAGUGAGUGGCAGUGAUUGCAAUGGAGUUGAUCCGUACGCCUAAGGUAGAGAACGUGCGAAUGUUGUACCGAUACCCGGCUCAGUCUGGAGGCACGAGUGGUGCGGGUGACCCGUCGGGCACUCUAUACCUGACGGCCACUCACCUGAUAUUCGUGGACCACGUGGUGAAGAGGGAGAACUGGAUCCUUCACACUCUCAUCUCAUCCAUCGAGAAGCUGUCCAUCACGACCACCGGUUCCCCACUUCUCAUGCGAUGCAAACACUUCCUGUGCGUCACAUUCAUCAUACCCAAGGAAAGGGAUGCCCACGAUAUCUACCUUUCCAUCUACCAGUUGUCACAACCGACCAACAUCGAGGACUUGUAUUGUUUCAACUAUACGGCCAGUAAUGAGCACUUCGACAAAGAGGACGGUUGGCAUCAAUACGCCUACGAUUCCGAGUUCCAGCGCAUGGGUCUUCCCAAUCAGCACUGGACCCAAACCACCAUUAAUACCAAUUACGAGAUUUGCGAUACAUAUCCGCGCACUCUAUACUGCCCGUCCACUGCCACCAAACAAGUAUUGUUAGGCAGUGCUAACUUUAGGUCCAAAGGACGCCUACCUGUCCUCACAUAUCUUCAUAAGAAUGGCGCGACAAUAUGCCGGUGCGCACAGCCAUUGUCGGGAUUCAGUGCCCGUUGUGUAGAAGACGAACAACUAUUUAACUGUAUAUUGAAAGCCAACCCCAAAUCAAACGUGUUAUAUGUUGUGGACACGAGACCAAUGAUUAAUGCAAUGGUGAACAAAGCUCAGGGGAAAGGCUAUGAGAACGAGUACUUCUACGAGAAGACAAAGUUUCAUUUUUUCGGCAUUGAGAACAUACAUGUCAUGAGAGGUAGUCUACAGAAACUGAUGGACGCCUGUGAGCUGAAGGUGCCGUCGAUGAACGCCUUCCUAUCUGGCAUUGAGGGGAGCGGUUGGUUACGUCACGUGAAGUCAGUGUUGGAGACGUCGGCGUUCAUCGCUAAAGCGGUCAACGAUGGCAUCAGUGUUGUUGUCCACUGUUCGGACGGAUGGGACAGAACCGCACAGACAUGUGGAAUCGCGUCUCUAAUACUGGAGCCGUACUACAGGACUAUCGAUGGCUUUCAGGCACUCAUCGAGAAGGAGUGGCUAUCUUUUGGACACAAGUUUAGCGACCGGUGCGGUCACAUACAGGGCGAUAGUAAGGAGAUGGCUCCGGUGUUCACCCAAUUCCUGGACGCAACCUGGCAAUUGGCCCAACAGUUCCCACAGCACUGGGAGUUCAAUGAGCGCUACCUCUUGACAAUCCACGAUCACGUCCACAGCUGUCAGUUCGGCACUUUUAUUGCCAAUUCCGACAAAGAGCGCCGGGAUCUGAGGCAUGUCAUACCAUUGCUUAAUAAAUUUACAGAGCGCACGUAUAGUCUGUGGGCAUAUAUUGGCAGCCAUAGGGCAGAGUUCCUGAACCCCCUAUACGUUCCCGAAAGUACUCAACAUAUUCUGGACGUCAAUGUUUCGCCUCAAACCAUCAAAUUCUGGAGAGGGCUAUACAACCGGUUCGAGUUUGGUGUCCAUCCGAGACACUCAUUGACCGAAGUACUGGUGGCCGCACACAACCAUAUCUCUAGUCUCGAGAAUCACAUCCAGUAUUUAGAAGAGCAAAUAUCGAUGAUAACGAGCGCGUCGGGUGAUCACCACAACUCGUGUGUAUCGCCGGACCCACUGAUGAGCGCGUCUGAUCUCUAUAAGAGCGCCGCCACUCAAUCCAACGGAAACUCCAAUUUUAUCGGUUCUCUCGAUUUGGAUGAAAUCGAUUCUCCACUCAAAUUAGUCGCAGAGAGUAUCCAUCGACUGGAAAAAUGCAAAGCAAUGGAGGCAUCCCUGACCGACCCAUUGGCUGACCUUAGACUCAACGAGGACACGUCGGGUGCUGUGUCUGAUCUGAUGGUGACCCUGGAGUCUGUGGGCCUGGAGUGGCAAUCUCUGCACAGUACGAAGGAGUGUCCGUGUGCCACACCAUUCGAGCCCUUUGCCCCCAAACUCCAUUGUCACACGUGCGGCCAAAUGUUUUGCAUCCGCUGUAUCGACAAACGCAUACCACUGCCCGGCCACUACCACAAGCGCCCGGUUCCCGUAUGCCGGCACUGCUAUAAGAAUGUCAUGCGAUCCAACAGUAUUGACUGCAUUUGAGGUCACUUUUUAUUUUUACAUUAUUUAAGGAUUUUAUUAUUAAUAUUAAUAUUUGAAAUAAAUUUACAAAUGGAUUGCAUUUUUGUGAAUAUAUUUCAUGUUUUUUAUUUAUUUUAUUUAUUAUGAACUCAUCUUUUUUGAGACUUUUUUG